AUGACAACAACUUUUCAUCAUAAUCUUUCAAAGGAUUUUUCCUUAAUAUUAAAUGAUGCAGAUGAUUACAAUGUUAUUAUUCAAGUUGGUGAAAACAAUACAAAAGAAUUUCGUGCACACUCAAUUGUUUUACGUGCUCGUUCACCUUAUUUCAAAACUGCACUUUCCGUUAAUUGGAUAACAAGAGAAAAUAAUAUGAUUAUAUUUAAUAAACCAAAUGUUACUCCAAUCGUUUUUGAAAUGAUUUUAAAAUAUAUUUAUACUGGUGAACUUGAUCUGACUAAUCAAUCAGGUGAAGACAUUCUUGGUUUAUUAGUUGCAUCUGAUGAAUUACUUCUUGAAGAGUUAUUCGAAUAUGUUCAAGAUUAUUUGAUCGAAAAACUAAAUAGCUGGAUUUAUGAAAAUGUUGAUCUCAUUCUUCAUUCUGUAUUUAAUCUUGAAAAUUGUAAGAAAUUAAGAGAUUAUUGUCUUGAAUUUAUCUGCAAAGAUCCACUACCAUUUAUGUCUUCAGAAAUUUUUCCUUUAAUAAAAAAGGAAAUUCUUUUUUGCUUGCUCCAAAGGGACGACUUAUCUAUUGAAGAAAUUAUCAUUUGGGAUUAUUUAAUUAAAUGGGGCAUUGAACAAACCCCCGGUCUUGAAAGUAAUAAGGCAAAGUGGAAUGAAGAAAAUUAUCAAGCGUUGAAGAAAACUUUAAAUCAAUUUAUUCCACUUAUUCAAUUUGUUAAAAUUUCGCGAGCAGAUUUUUUUGAUAAAGUUCGACCUUAUAAAGCCAUUAUUCCUAAUGAUAUUUAUGAUGAAAUUGAAGAAUUUUAUUAUAAAGAUACUUUACCAAAGAAUUUAUCACCUAGAAAAGGUUUACUAACAAAAAUUAAAUCAAGCAUUAUCAAACCAAAUCUUGCAAAUAUUAUAUUUAAUUGGAUUGAUAAAAAGGAUAUCAUGUAUACACGUACUAUAAAUGAUCCAGUUUAUAAGUUCGACCUUAUUUAUCGUGGUAGUCGUGAUGGAAUUAAUAAUGAAACAUUUAAAGAUUAUUGUAAUGGACGAGUAGCAAGUUUAGUUUUAAUUAAGGUUCAAAAUUCAAACAAGAUUUUUGGAGGGUAUAGCUCUAUAGGAUUUAAUUCAAUAGGAGAUGGUUAUUUUGUUGAAUUUGGAUAUCUAUGGUAUAGUUCAUCAGAUAACUUUAUUUUCUCAUUUGAACAUGGAGAAGACACACAAAAUAUGAAAAUAAGUCGGGUAAUAGAUUAUUCUAAAUCUAUAAUUAUUAAUCGCGCUGGAUUUAAUUUUGGAUGGGGUUCAUUAUGUAUGACCAAUCAAACUUUACACCUUAAUAAUAGCGACAAUGCUUAUGAAAAUAAUUUACACACUAAUAGAACUUAUUUGAUCGAAGAGAUUGAAACGUUUACCAUAAGUCCAUAA